CAGUUCCUUUCAUCGGCAUUUUUUUGUUAAAAUUAAAUCAAUGUUUAUUGAAUAAUUUAUAUUCUAGUUCUUUGGUUUUUUACUGCAUCACGAUAAAGAAUAUUAUUGAUUUAAUAGUUUUUUUGUAAAAUAUACAUAUUUAAAAAGUGAGUGAAUGCAGCAGGUCCCAUGGAGCUGCAAGCAUUGCUAGUGUUGUGUGGUGUUGGAGUCGCGGGAGUAGCUGUUCUUCUACUCAUGGGUCUCUUCUCAGCAUCAGGAACAAGCUAUGAAGAAGCCAUUGCUCAGCAACGAAAGGCAACAAGUGAACUGUUAGCUCUAGCUGAGAACAAGUCAAAGAAUAAGAAAACAAACAAAAAGGCAAAUAAGAAGUUGGCGAAGAAAGAAAAGAACAAAGAAAAUACCACUGCAGCAACGGGAAGUGAACCAGAAAGUGAAGCACCGGCUGAGAGUGGAGUUGAAGAUGAACCGGUGUCAGUAAAACCACAUGUAGAAUUUAGUCCACCUGUUGUUGUCGAAGUGCCAACUGAACCUCCACUAAACAUCAAGAUUCGCAAACGCGGCAAGGAUUCUAAAGUAAAGCCGAUUCUUGUAAACAAAGAGGAUCCGAGCUGCGUUAGCGAUCCGAGCACGCUCCCCGAUACUACGGUUACGACAGCCGUCAACCAUUUCGAGGAGAUGCAACCUAAGGAUGAGUUCGAGUUGUUACAUUCUACACUCUCUGGGGACAAAGCAACUGAACCUAAAGAAGAGGUUGUAGAGAAGAAAGAAAUCAAAGAGAAUAAGCCAAAGCAAGCUAAAGGUGGUGCUAAGGUACAACCAAAACCUGUGGUAGAGGCUGUUAAGGAGGAGGCUUCCCGUGAACGUCGCAAUAGCGGUGAAGCUCCCAAGGAACAAAGAAAGGCAAAGAAAGUAGAGAAGAAAGCAGUGGAAGAAGGUACAGUCGCAGAAGAGAUUGUGCCCCCGCUUAAUGCUCCACAGCCAAGCGAGCUCACAACCGAGAAGCUCUUGAAGCAGGCGCUCGUCGCCGCGCCCCCCGCGGUCCCGGCGCCUUCGCCCCCCGCGAAGGGCAAGAAGAAGAAGGCCGAGCCCAAUGUGCUUUCACUUAUGGCGGGCGAUAGCGGCGGCGUAUCUGUGAGCGAAUUGGUUCGAGUGGUGAAGGAAGCGUCUCUCUCUCGCACCGAGAUACAGAUCCUUACCGAUGCUUUGUUGAACAAACAGCAUGACCCUCUGCCUGAACACUCUGAAUGGACUGAGGGCCCUAAUGAUCCUAUGCAAAAACUGAAGAAACAACUUGCUGAUAAAGAAAAGGCACUUGCUGAUGAAAUUGAGGCAUCUCAAGCAUUACAUGCUAAACUGAAGGAAUUGAGGGGCCUGCUAAACGCGGAGCGCGGUCGCGCGGCGGCGGCGAGCCGGGCGGCGGAGCAGGCGGCGGCGGCGGCGCGCGCCGAGCUGCACACGCUGCAGACCCGCCUGCAGCGCCUCAUGGACGACAACCACGCGCUCGCGCAGGACAAACUCGUCCUUCAAGCAAAAUUGGGAGAAGAGGGUGAAGCCCAAGCGCAACGAGUUCAAAUGGAAAUGCAUAUUCAAAGAUUAUCUGAGGCGGAAGCAACAUUAGUACAGCAGCUGACAGCUCUCCAGGCGGAGCUAAACGCACGUGUGCUAGAGGCGGGGCAGGCGCGGUGCGAGGCGGGCGCGGCGAGAGACUCCAUGAUGAUGGCUCAGCAACAUGCCGCCGACCUCGCGCAGCAGCUGCAGGAGGCGAAUCGCUUGUACGCGGAGCUGGAGCAGCAGCGGCAGUGCGCUGUGCACGCCGACCAGCUCGCGCAGCAGGACCUGCGGCAGGCACAGCAGCGACUCGCCGAUCUCCAGAAUGAAGUUCAAAGAGCAACCGCACGAGCGCAGACAGCUGAGAGCAGUUUAGACAAAGUGAAGGAGGACUACGAAAAACAAAAGGAAGAGCUAUCAAAGGAGGUCGCUUCUCUUCGCGAACAGCUAGCAGCGAGGGAAAGCGAACUGGCUGAAAUCAAAAUGAUGAAAGUUACACCCGCGCAAAAUGGCUUGCCGGUCAACGAUGCUAAUGAACAACAGAAGGCAGCGGAGUUAGCCAAAGUGGAGAGUGUGGUGGAAGCUCUCCGCAGAGAGCUGAGCUCUGCGCAGGCUGACAACCAGCAGCAGAAGGAACAGCUGGCGCAGGUGCUGCAGCAGCUGGAGCAUUACAAGGAGAAGAAUAAUGAGUUGCGAACUAAAAACUGGAAAGUAAUGGAGGCCUUACAAAGCGCUGAAAGAUCGCUGCAGGCUAAAGCGUCCAGCGCGUUGCCGGCCCAAGGCACGACGUCUGAAGCAAAAACAAGGGCAGAGGAGACAAAUUACAAUGAAGUGAUAAAUGUUCUUCGCGCUGUGUGUCCCUCAGCUGUUCCUGCAAACUCAACCGGCUCUGAAUGGAUCAAAGUAUUCGCCGAUAACAUCAAAAUUGAGUUACAAAAGAAAGAAGCUGAAAAGGCAUCCUUCGAAAAGUCGCUAAAGGAAAAGCUCUUGGAAAAAGAAAAUGAAAAGAAACAGCUUGAAAGUGAGAUGCAAAAGAAACUCUUACAGAAAGAGAAUGAGAGGAAGAAAUUGGAGGGUGAGGUGCAGAAAAAGUUACAAGAGACUGAAGUUGUAAGGAAGCAGUUGGCGGAAAGUUCGCAAAAGGCACCCGCAGAUUCGAGACUCGGCGAGUUAGCCGCGCAAAAUGAGCAAUUACAGGCCUUAGUCGACAAAUACAAGAGAAUUAUUGAUGAUACGGAGGGUGUACUAAGCCGGUUACAACAGAACGUGGCCAUAGAGGAGAGUCGCUGGGCGCAGCAGCUCGCCGACAAACAGAAGGAGCUGGACGACCUGAGGCACAGGACUGUUUCACAGGACCCAGUGGCGUUUGCAUACUCCUGCAUAGAAAAGUCAUUACCUUCAAUCGUAGAAGAGAUGCAGAACAAAAUUGAUCAACUGCAGAGUGAACUGCAAAAGGCACAGAAAACGAAGAGCCACAAUGUCACCUUUGCUGAGGCAGAACGACUUACAGAGGAAAAGCUGAUAUCUAGUCUCUCAGAUAAACAUGAAAUCGACGUACACAAUGGUCCAUUAAAGGCAUCUCUGGGAGAGAAAUAACGAAUAGAAAAUUCAACACGAACAAGAAUAUUAGUAGGCGAUCGUUGCAUGCAUUCGGUGCGUUCACACGAGUGCCGGUAACGUAUUGGCCACUUGACAUACACUGCCGCUGCCAACUUGUUAAAAUUUUCUAACGAAUUGUCUUAGUAAAUUUAUAUCGACUUUUGGCAAACAUUCUGGCUCUUUAGUUAACUUAUUUCCACGUUAUUUGAAUGCGUAGAUUCAAAAUAACAUUUAGCAUCACUCUCAACGCCAUGUAGAAUCGAUAAGUGAGAUUACAAUUUCGUGCUUAUUUCUGUUACAUUGUAUGAUAUCUAUUGUGUAUAUAAAAUCCAUUUAAUUCUAAGGUAUAUAUGCUAAUUUACACAGUGUACUGAACAUUUUUUGCGAAUACCCUCGAUUUUGUUUUUGACAUUGAUAUUAGAUAAUUUUGCUCAGGGAUAAAUUAAUUGAAUAUUAACAUGAUUUGAAAUGUUGAGUAGUGAUAAAAAAUAUAAAAGACAUUUGUAAAGGUACAACAUAAGUGUUUUACAGUUGUUGCAAUAUUCAUUGCUUAGGAAAUUAUUUGAAAUUGUAUAAGUUGUAUUGUCAAUCGGAUUUCUUUCAAUAUUUAUUGAUUUUGGCGCAACAUUGUAUACGACUUAGUUUUUUAUAAUUGAUGUCAAAAUUAACCUGUGUUUUUUGUACAGGAUUAGGUAAUUGUCUAAAUUAUUCUGACCACACAUUAUGUGACGAUAUUUUCAUGAAAGUGAAACUGUGAUUUAAAUUAUGUACUUUGUGUUGUAGCAGAACUGAGAUACAAAACUUAUUUCCUAAUAGCACUACUGAUACUGUUCGUGCUUGGCUCUUCACGUAUGAACAUACUUUAAUGGUGUAAUGUUAAGUAAAGCAGCUUAUAUAAUUUAGACUAAAUAAAAAUUGACUAAUUAGAUGCGUAAAAAUUAUUAAGGCUCUCCCAUACAUAAGACUGACAUAAAAAACUUUUUUUUUUUUUUAUAAUAUAAAGAUUUAAAAUUCGAAUACAAGAGCCAUGAAUUACAAAAAAUGUUCAGUUUGAUUUGAACAGCGAUAGAAGAUGUAUCGGAUCUUUAUAUUCUCGUGUGUGAGAGCCUUUAUAAUAUAGAAUUGUUUAUUGUGUGAAAUUAGAUUUAGACAUAAACUAUUGCUCGCCUACAGUCUUCUGGGUGAUACAAGUGCAAAUUGAUAUAAAAAUAACUCUUAUGUAACUUUGAUUUAUUUACGUCAUAUUAUGUUUACCGUUACGAUAUAUAUAAACUUUAAUCAUAAUUAACAACUUACAAAAUAAAUCCCUGUAUUUAGAUUUAAUUUAUUCUUCAUUUUGCAAUAUUUUCAAAAAAGCAAUUAUUUGGGUGUUUCUAUUUAAAUUAUUUAAAAUUAUAAGUUAUUCCGAAUUUAAUUAAACGUGUGUUUGGACAAUUUUAGGGAGUGUUAUUUAUUUUUAAAGAUUUAUUUAUAGCUUUUGUACUAGUGCAUAAUCAUUUUUCAGUGCCUUAGAAUAAGAUUUGAAUUUGAUAAGUCGACUGUUUUAUUUUCCUUUAAUGUAAUAAUAAAAUUAUAAAAUGCAUGUUAACAUUAAGUUUAAUAGUUAUUGCCAUUUUUAUUACGCUGAUGUAUUUGAACUAUUUGAACACGAUAAUAUUUUAAGGGUAAGCAUAUUUUCGGGGUUUUGAAGCAAGUAUAUUGCAAGUUAAUAUAAAUCGAUGCAAUCUUAAUUAAUACAGAUCUUUAAAGUAAUCAUUAAAUAAGCGAACCUUAACUAUUCGCACAAUACGUUUUAAUCUGAUUUCCAGUUGUUGAAUCAACAUAAGAAAUAUUUUUAAUGAAAAGCAUUGUAAUUCUAUUCGACUAAAAACUGUCAAUGCCUGAUCAAUGAAUCUAAUGAAAUCUUCCUGUUUCUUAAAUUAAUAAGUGUUUCAAUAGUGCAGUAUAUCGUGAAUUACUGUGUCAAAUGUCCAGAAUUGAAAUAUUUAAAACUAGACAUAAUAUUUAAACUUAAUGAUUUAUAUUGUAAUAAGAUCGGUCAUAUAAAGCUCGUAAUUUUUAGAUAAAGAUAUAAUCAAAUAAAAUAUUUCUACAA